UUGACAUCAACAGCCAAAGUUGCAGUGUAAUGUCAGCUUCACUUCACAAUGAAUCCAUUAAAAGUCGCAGAAGUAGUUUUGUUUCUCGGCCCAUCAAAUCAACAGUCACACUAACUAAUGAUACUAUUAUUUCCCGAACUACCAUAAAUUCUACAACAGUAUUUGAAGAUUUGCAGGGAUUUUUGACCGAGGAUUGUGAUGAUACGGUUGUUAACUUAUCAAAACUAUCGCUCGGUGACCCAGAGGUCGGCGGCAGGGUAUUAGAGAAAUUUUAUGAUACAUCGAGUCGUUCGAGCACAGCGCGUGAUUACGUUUUGCGUCGCUGCAAUCAGGCAGAUGCAUUGCUCUUUGAUGAAUGCUACCCAGAUACAACCCUGAAGAAUUGCCGAAAAAUUGGCGAAGGUGUAUAUGGGGAGGUGUUUCUCUGGAGGGCUGGAGACGGACGUGCUAGAGUUCUGAAGGUGAUACCAAUAGCCGGCGAGCUGCUAGUCAAUGGCGAGAAACAGAAGGACUACGACCAAAUCAUAUCUGAGAUUGUGAUUGCUAUGGAAUUGAGCGCUCUCAGCGCUCCAAUACCAGAUAUAGAAAGUCAUUUUAAUGAAGGGAAGACAGCAGAAACUCUGGAUUUACAUUCUGUAGAAAAUGCAACUGAUGUUUUUAACAAGGUCCUAGCGGUCCGCCUAGUAUACGGUAGCUAUCCAAGCCGACUCCUCGAUCUAUGGGACCUGUACGACGAGUGCAAAGGAUCUGAGAACGACAACCCCGCUAUAUUGCCACCCGACCAGCACUAUAUUGUGCUAGAACUGGCUAAUGCUGGCCAAGACUUGGAGAGUUACCAGUUCAACAACGCUGAACAGGCUUGCGCUCUAUUUCAACAGGUUGCAUUCGGUUUGGCGGUUGCGGAGCAGGCUUAUCAGUUUGAGCAUCGGGACUUGCAUUGGGGGAACGUGCUUAUUGCUCCCACAGAUCAGAAGUACUCAACGUUCGUACUCCGCGGUCGUACGCACCGCGUGCCCACGUGCGGCGUCAAGGCGACGAUCAUCGACUACUCGUUGUCCCGUGUGUCCGUCGGCCGAGUGCUGUACUGCAACUUGGCAGAAGACGAGUCGCUCUUUGAAGCCGUUGGAGACUACCAGUUUGAGGUGUAUCGCCGUAUGAGAGAUCGGCUCGGAAACGAUUGGAUGAAUUACGAGCCGUAUACCAACAUACUGUGGCUGCAUUACACUGCGGAUAAGAUGAUAACAGCCCUCCGCUACACCAGAACUAACACUAAAAUUCACAAACAUUUUAUUGCCAAGCUGAAGGACAUUCAAAAUACUAUCCUUUGUCACGGCUCCGCCUGCGAAUACGUCAUCACAGACAACGAAAUUUAAAAUCAUAUAGCUUAUCCAUUGUUAAUGAUCGUGUGCAUACGACGCGCGAAGCUUCACUUCGAAAUGAUAAUAUUUGUUCAAUUCUAACGAAUUAUAUUUUUAUACUUCAUAAUGGAUCUCCUUUGCGAUUGUUAUAAAUUUGACUCAGAACAAUUUAAUUAUAAUGUACAUAGAUUCGAUAAAUUGAAUGUAGACGCUAAAAGAAUUAUUUACAAUGUUGUUUCAUUAUUAGACUUCCGGUCGGAAGGGGCCUUUAAUAAGGUACAGCCUUUCAGAAAUAAAUUCAUAUAUUACAUUCUA